AUGCAUUUUGGGGUCUCCUCUGCUGUAUCUUCCUCGCCUGGGGGCAAGCUGUUGUGCAGGUGGAGGUCGCACCGAGGGGAAGGGGGCGGUCGUAAAAAUAACCCUGAAACAGCCCACGACUCUCCCCGCACAAAAUGUAGCAAACAGAAAACCCGAGAAAAACAUCCCAUCCCUCGUUGUGAGGUUGGGCAGACGGCUUCCAAGCUCUCCAAGAUCCGAGUUGUUCUCCAAUCCAUCAUCCACGUUCUCCCCGUCAUCAACCAGACUCAGAAAGAGAACCUCAGGAAAUACCACAAGGGUAAGUUGAUGGAGCAUACUUGUAAGAAGUACAAGUCCCUGGGUCUGCACCUCAGUAAAAUACGUGCCAUGCUCCACCAGCUGAACAAGCAUGAGAAAAACCUGAAGACCCAGAAGCAGCGGCAGAAGGAGCAGCUGUACCCACUGAGGAAGUACACAGUCAAGGCCUGA